AAGACUCGUAUAUUCUCCAGAAAGAAGCGUAGAGACAGAAAAACGAAACCCUCGGCUCAAAUCAAAAGAUCUAAUAGAAGGAACCGUAGAGAAACUGAAACCUAAUACACAGUGGAGAGAGAUUUGUGUAGCAAUGGCAGAAGAGAAGAAGCAAGAACAAGCAAUUGUACCACCUCCACAAUACAAUUUGGACGCAAAGUGGGACGCUUGUCUUGAUUUGGGCGUUCGCCGUUUCGCUUACUUUUCCUUAAUCGGUGGAUUUGCUGGUCUUCUCCUCUUCCGGAGUCCUGUGACACGCUGGGCAUCAACGGCAUUUGGUGCUGGGACAGGUCUAGGAUCUGCAUACACGGAAUGCUCUCAGAAAUUUGGUGGAUAUCCUGGAAAAUUAACUGCUAAUGUUUCUGAGGCUCCUAUCACCAAGGUAGUACAUUGCAUCUAUUUUUAUUUCUAUUUGCCAAGCUAAUACGUAAGGGAAAUA